AUGCAACAUGAAGCCAGCAGCAAGCUACUGUCGAGACCAGCAGCAGCUAUCGAGCUCAGCUCAUUUUGCUUGUUUCUUGCUGUUCUGCUUGUUAUCCUUUUGCUCGAUCACCUUUGCUUCUGUCUUGUUACUUUGUUUGCUGUAAAUGCUGCCAUUGUUCCAACAAUAAUUGAGUUGCAGAACUUGAAGCUUCUUCAGCUUAUGCUCAACAGCUUCACUGGUAAAAUUCCAAACGCUGAAGCAUCUUUGCCUCGCCUUCAAGUCCUUCAACUUUGGUCCAACCAACUAUCUGGUGAAAUCCCAAAUUAUCUUGGAACACAAAGUGAUCUCACGAUUUUAGACCUUUCAAUGAACAACCUGAGUGGAAAAAUACCCGAUGAACUUUGCCAUUCAGGCCAUCUAGUUACACUGGGUCUUUUCUCAAAUUCUCUUCAAGGGCAAAUACCGAGGAGUCUAAAUACUUGCAAGAGUUUAGAGGCUAUUCACCUUAGGAAAAACAGUUCGGGAAACGAUGAAGGAAUUGUAGAAUUGGACAUGUUUUCAAACCUUCCAAAUCUUAGAUUCCUUGAUCUUUCAUAUAAUGGUGUAUCAGUGAGCAGUAGCAUCAAUUCCAGCUAUACUUGGCCUAAUCUUCAGUAUUUGUCCUUGGCUUCUUGUAGCCUGAACGAAUUCCCCAGAUUCCUAAAGGGCUCAAAACAUUUAAUGAGUUUAGACCUUUCUGACAACAAGAUCCAUGGCCAGAAUCCCAAGUGGAUACUGAACAAAGGGCUGGAUACUUUGAGCUAUUUGAAUCUUUCUCACAACUUCCUAACACACAUAGAGCGACUUCCGUGGGAAAAUGAAAACACUUGA